UUUAGAAUUUUUUCAAUGUCUUUAAUAUUUUGGCCUAUAACUGAUCAAGCAGAUGUCGAUUCAGAAGAAGAUUGGGUCUGUUGUGGAAUAAUGCAUGCCUUUUUUGGUUCGAUGCUUUUUAUGUUUGGAGAACUUACAAAAUUUCCAACAAUGCUGUUUAUAUAUAAAUAUAUUUAUGAAUUUUCAAUUUUGCCUACUGGAUUCUUCAAAGUUGUAUUCAUAAAUGACGAGUUGAUUCAGUGGAUAAUGUUUAUUACUGUAUUGCCGGGAAUUGUUGCAUACUUAAGAAUUGUAAGGAAAAAAUUUUUUUCGUCUUUUAAAAUUUAUUUAAAGUUAUUGUGUUUAUAUUCACAUGUUUGUGCUGAAUGGCAUCAUAAAUUGGCUAUUAUUUGUAUGGCAAUCUAUUUUAUUAGGUAA